AUGCAACAACUUGUGGAGGGGCAGAUUUGGACAUAUCAUCAUCGUUCUAAAGAUGAUUCUACAUCCCGAUUCACAAUUUAUAAAAUUGACCAGAUGGGUGAUCAUGAUGUAGUGCAUAUCAAAAUUUCUGGUGUUCGAUUUGCUGGAAAAAAGAUGCAAAUACAACACAUGCCUUUUACGAGAGAAUCUAUAGAGCAGAGUGUUAUAGAAUUGGUUGGAAAUAUUGAUGACUUGAAGGAUGAACAUUUUACAGAUGGAUAUGAAAAUUGGAAGAAGGAAAGUUUGGAAGGAAGAGCAGGUGCUUGGACUAUGAAUGUGGAUAAAGCAAUUGAUUUAUUGGAGAAGGCUACUACGGGAGCUGAUGAAUAA